GAAACAAAUGGGCAUGGGAUCCCAGAAGAGGGUGGAUGAGACAGGCCCUAGUGGUGGGAAGCAAAGGAAGAAGAAAAAGAAUAACCCUCACACGGAAAGCAUUGGGGUGAAAAAUAUGACAUGUGAGGAUCAAGUUGAUAGACCCGCCCUCGGGCCAAAUGAUGAAGUUAUCAGGGCCAUGGGCUACACUCGUGGUUUCAAGAGGAGAAGGGAUACAUGCUUCCUUGUUUUCAGGAGUUUUAUAAGAAGUCGGGGAUGGUGGAUUAAUUAG